UUAUCGGAGACGACACAAGACCCAAAUGUCAUUUGUGUGUUGCAUUUAUUUGCGGGAAAAUAUUGAAAGAAAGACGCUUAGUUUUGACUAGCGCACACCAACCAUCUCAAUCACCAAAGAAACCACGUUUAAAUACAACACACAUAAUUUGUGUGUUAUUUUUUUUAUUUUCUUUCGUUCUUCUGUUUCACACAUACGAUUUGAUUGUUUGCACUUUCAUUUUGAUAAAAAAAAAAACAUUUUGUAAUAAGUACAGUGUAGAAAAUAUUCAAUUUUGUUGCUGCCAUAGUUUAAUAAUUAGUUUGAGUGAGAAUAGUGUACGAGUGCGAACAGACACACAAAUUCAGAUAAAUAAAAAAUGGCAUCAAAAAAUAAUAGUGGUAAAGUUGGUGUUGACUGGAAACGAAGAGUCAAAUCGGAAUAUGCAUUGAUAUGCAAACAAAAACGACAUAAGCGAGCUGAUGAAGCGAAAAUGGCAUGGCAUGAAAACUUCACAAAACUUCGUGCUAAAGAAGAACAAGAUCAAAGUGAAUGGACAACAUCGGUCUUAAGCAUGGACACAAAAUGCGUUGAUCCUCCUCAUGUGAAUUCCAUGAAACGAGCCGAAGUCGUUUCGAUUGAUGGUUCGGUUCAACGUUUGCCAAUACGAUCAAUACCGGCGGUAACGCCGAUACCCACAAUGUAUAUGUGGGCACCGACCCAACAAAAUUUUAUGGUCGAAGAUGAAACUGAACUUCAUAAUAUUCCGUAUAUGGGUGACGAAGUGCUUGAUAAAGACGGUACAUUUAUCGAAGAACUGAUUAAAAACUAUGAUGGUCGUGUGCAUGGCGAUAAGGAUAACGGGUAUUUGGACGAUUUUUCAUUUAUCGAAUUGGUAAAUGCAUUGUUAAAUUAUCAAGAGCCAAGCGGAAAAGACAAUGGUGAUUGUCGUGAAAAUUCAACACGUGAAUUACGCGGUCGAUCAUCAAUCGGUAGCACGACUGAUGAGAAAAAUACAAAGAAACAAAGUACACCGAAAAAGAACGAUACAUUACCACCGCCACCGGCACCAAUAACAACAUCAACCGAUACACCAAUGGACAUCGACGAUAAAGAUGAACCCGGUAAAUCGACUGCAAACGAAUCAACAUCGUCAAUAACCGAUAAAAAAGCAUUGCCAUCUUGGGCAAAUGACGAUCAAAGUAAUGACAAAAAACCAUUCCCAUGUUGGGGCAUUUUUGAAGCAAUCAGCGAACAAUUUCCAGACAAAGGCACAAAAGAUGAUUUAAGAGAAAAAUACAUAGAAUUAACCGAACGCAUCGAUCCAGAUCGACCACCAGAGUGUACGCCAAACAUUGAUGGUCCCAAAGCCGAAAAUGUAUCACGUGAACAAACAUUGCAUUCGUAUCAUACACUGUUUUGUCGACGUUGUUUCAAAUAUGACUGCUUCUUGCAUCGCCACCAACUUCAUGGAUUGCAAGCAUGUCAUCCGGGUCCAAAUUUGAGUAGACGUCGUUUUAUGGAUUUGAAACCGUUCAGCGAACCAUGCAGCAGUAGCUGUUACAUGCUUUUGGAUGGAAUGAAGGAAAAAUUGGCUGCAACAAAGACUAAAACGCCACCCAUGGAUUCUGGCAACGAGGCCAGCUCUGAAGAUAGUAACGACAGCAAUAGUAGCGGUAGCAAAGAUUUUACUGGGCCAGCAACAAAAGAUGGUCCAUCUGUGUCGACAACAAACACCGAUGAUAUGUCAUCAUUGGUAGAAUUAUUGUGCACCAAAAAUGAUGAAUGUGAAUGGACUGGAUCCGAUCAAUCGCUAUUUCGUGCAUUGCAUAAAGUAUUUCUAAAUAAUUACUGUGUAAUUGCUCAAACAAUGCUCACAAAAACAUGUCAACAGGUGUACGAGUUUUGUCAAAAAGAAAUGGCCGAUAUGCCACCGGAAGAUAUAUCACUGGACUAUGCACAGCCGCGUAAAAAGAAGAAGUAUCGUCAAAAGCAAUGGUUACGAAAAUUACCAUUCCGUAAAGAUUCGGUUUCGAAACCUGUAUAUAAUUUCUCGCCAUGCGACCAUAAAGGGCCAUGUGAUGAUUCCUGUACAUGCAUUCAAACCGAAAACUUUUGUGAAAAAUUCUGUAAUUGUAAUAGUGAAUGUCAAAAUCGUUUUCCGGGUUGCCGUUGCAAGGCACAAUGUAACACAAAGCAAUGUCCAUGUUAUUUGGCCGAUCGUGAAUGUGAUCCGGAUUUGUGUCAAACAUGUGGUGCUGAUCAAUUUAAUUUGACAAAAAUUACAUGCAAAAAUGUCAGCGUACAGCGUGGCUUACAUAAGCAUUUAUUAAUGGCACCAUCCGAUGUUGCCGGUUGGGGCAUUUUCCUAAAAGAUAGCGCACAAAAAAAUGAAUUCAUUUCCGAAUAUUGCGGUGAGAUCAUUUCACAAGAGGAAGCCGAUCGCCGGGGAAAAGUUUAUGAUAAAUAUAUGUGCAGUUUCUUAUUCAAUUUGAAUAAUGAUUUUGUUGUGGAUGCCACACGCAAAGGAAACAAAAUUCGCUUUGCAAAUCAUUCGAUAAAUCCAAAUUGUUAUGCAAAGGUUAUGAUGGUGAAUGGCGAUCAUCGCAUUGGAAUAUUUGCCAAACGCGCCAUUCAACCGGGCGAAGAACUAUUCUUCGACUACAGAUACGGUCCAACGGAACAGUUGAAAUUCGUUGGCAUCGAACGUGAAAUGGAAUUUUUAUAAAUCUAUCUAAUCAUCAUUGUCAUCAUCAAAUCAAAAUAUUUUAAUUUUUUAAUUAUUAUUAUUAUUUCAACAUUCUCUUUUGCAGGAUUUUCACAAACAAAAACACAAACCGAUAC